UGGCCAAUAAAAUAUACGCAGCGUCGACAGAUUUCAUGUAUCAUUGAAGAUGAUCCGGUCUAAUCGUCUUAAUUAAUUAUACAAUUCAGUUUUUGUGUAACCUUGCCUACGCAAGAUACGAUGGCUGUAGUUAAAACCCCAGUUCUAAAAGUAAUAUUAUGUGGCGAAUACGGUGUUGGUAAAAGUUCUAUAUUCCGUAGAUUUAUCAAUGACACCUUUGUUCCCAAUGCAGACAGGAGAGCUACUUUGGGACUCGAUCAUUUUGAAAAAAUAUAUCAGGUUGGAGACAAAGAAAUCAAGUUACAGUUAUGGGAUACUGGAGGCAUGGAGAGAAUUGCAUCUGUUACCUCCAGCUACUAUAAAUUUGCGGAAGCAGCUAUCUUAGUGUUUUCCUUGGACAAUUCUUCAUCAUUCCAUGUACUGAGCCAGCACUUGCUGGAUAUUGUGACAUAUGCUGAAAAUGCCAAAAUAUUUUUGUGUGGAAACAAGUCAGAUCUUGAAGGAACAUCUCCACAGGUUACUGAUGCUGACAUAGAAACAUUCUGUGAACAAUGUCACAAUCUCAUAAACACCACAUACAAAACAUCAUGUAAGAAUGGAAAAGGCAUUGAAGAAAUGUUUUCUGACAUCGCUUUACAACUGGUGGAAUCGAACAGAUCGAGGAUUGAGUUGCAGACCUUAGAUCAUGAUAGCUUUAAGAUAUCAAACCCCGAGCCGCCUGAAGAUCCCGGCUGCAGUUGCUGAACACACUUUUAAGCUUAAGCAUUUACUUAGCCCUUAAUGCCAUA